AUGGUGAGAGGCCGGGCCAGACAAAAUUUUCAGACCGAACGUCCUCGGAUUGGGUUUUCUUUCGCAUUGCCCAGUUCCAUUUACCGGCACCAUGACGGAUCAAGCCGUGACAGACACCCCGCAUCCAUCCAAAAAGCCAAGGUGCUUUAGCAGUUUCCUUCGAAUUUUGUGUGGCGUGGUGUUUGUGCGAUUUGUCCUUUCACCGAAUGACUUUUCCGUGGGCGAUCUGGGAAACCAGUGGAUUAAUGAAAGACGCGUGCUUCAUCUGCAGGUCUCCAAUUCUUCGCUCGGUCUGGCAAUCAGCUAUGGAGCACAUGGAAACUCAAGUGUACCCGUGCCUCCAGUUGUACAAACAACGAACCCGCCGACACCGACACAGCCACGACCGUUCCAAGGGACCAAGAUUACUCCCAUAUCAGAGGGUAUGGAUCUACUGGAGAACGUGUGUUUGGUCAAGGGAAGCCGGAGGCAGACCAACCAGCUGAUCUCCUUCGGACCAAAGGCAGAACAAAUGACGACUUCUGUCCACAAGUACAAGCGUCCAGGAUGGUCUAUUUUUACUGCUGUUACCGUUGGACACAAUCUUUCCGAAUGGGAAACCAAAACUCAACAAUACCCUCUCAUUCGCAACGAAACUCUGUUCACACUGGAAAUUUGGGCGAAUCCAGGACACUGUCUCAAUGACUUGGUUUACUCGAUUGCUUUAGAUGCAACACAGCGACAGUUGCACCCGGAUGGGAACUCUCCCAUCUACCCCAACUAUCUACUUUCAUACUUCAAGGGAAUUGGCGGUGGGCAUGGUGAAAAUAAUGCAGAUCCUGCCUGGUGCCAUUCAUUUCUACGUGAUGCUGGAUUCAUAGAUACUCAAAGAGGUCCUGUGUAUGACGAUGCACCGGGAUUAUGCUUUGAAAGGUUGCUGAUGCCACUCAUUGCCGUGCACAGGUUCCCGAUUGACUGGAAAAAUCCAGAAGCAAGGGCGGACGUUGCAGCAUCUCAUGGUGUAGACUUGGGAAUGAAAGAGUACACUGGAGAAGGGACCAUGUAUCCAGUGGAAGCUCUAGCGAAGCUGCAUGAACGUGUCAUGCACUUCAGAAACUUUACUACCACCCCGUGGGACGACCAACCAUCGGGAGAAGAGGAUGUCCCGGUGCUAUUGUACACACGUGAAGGCAAUCCACGCAGGCACUGGACGAAUGCAGACGAAGUCAAGAUUGCUCUGGAACGAGACUAUCGCGUCCGUGUGCACACGGUUGGAGCUGACUGGAAAACUCUGUCGCCCCCUGAACAAGCACAGCUAUACCACAAUUUCUCUCGCAUCAUUGCUGUUCACGGAGCGCAUUUGGCAAAUCUAUUUUACUGUCGAAACAAUACUCGUAUCGUCGAGCUCAAAUGUGGCCGUGCCAACCCAGAAGCAAAGCUUUCACUUGAAGAAGAGCCCCCCGCAAACAGCACUGAACCUUCGUCUGAUUGGUACGGUCAACGGGGAUGGUUUACCAGCGCUACACGACGUGUGGGGUUGGAGCACUUUGUUUUUGCAGAACACAGUGUGCCGCAUCAGAGUGUUAAUUCCUUCAAUGCGACGACAUCAUUGUUGGUGCCAUUCUUGGCAUCACGGCUGCAUCUGGUACCUCGUGGAAACCGUGAUCCGUGGCAAACGACUUUGUCAUAGGGGAGCUCUUGAAGCAGUGUCCGAAAGGGCGCAUUGUAGAAUUUAGUCCACGGUUAGUGUAAAUGGAUUGUCGCUGUACCGGUAUAGUUAUUUCAACUCGUCCAGCAAAGCAGCGGCGACCAGCUUUCCGCAGCGGACGGUUGCUCUGUAUUUGAAAGAGAGUGAGUGAAUUGUGCGAUGCCUUGAUGGGCAAACUAGGAAAGCUUUGGAGUGACGGGAAUUAUUCCGACAAUCCCGCAGCAUCCACCUUUCGGCUAUUAAAAUCCAUCAAGCAUGCAAGACCAUGUGUUUUCUUCUUGAUAUAUUUAUGUGUCGUUAUCUUAGUCCUAUUCAUUUCUCCAUGUUUCUCAUAUUAUUCAUCGUGUUGAUUGUGGCAACAGAAAAGCUCCU